GGUAGGGGAAAAGGAAAGGUUGUGUGUUGUGUGUUGUGUGACUCUCUUUGGAGAGAGACUGUGUUUCUCUGCUGCCACCUCCUCUCUCUUUCGCCGGCGUUCUCGUCGGAGAUUCUAUUCCCUCUUUUUUUCUCUUUCCGAUCGCCUAAUUCCAUCCAUAUCCCUAACCCUUCUCAACCAACUCAUAAUUUCGGCGUUUUCUUUCGUUGGGGUUUCUGCUUCGUUUCUGCGAUCAAUCAAUGGAAGAUUACGCUGCCAGCAGCGAUGAUGAAUACCGUUACUCCGAUCCGGAGGACUCCGUCGACGCCUUCGAUAACGAUGAUAACGAUUAUCAAUUAGUCUCUUCCAAGGGUCCCUCUACUCAGGUGAUUACGAAGGAGUCAUUGCUAGCUGCACAGAAGGAGGAUUUACGCAGGGUGAUGGACAUGCUAUCGGUGAGGGAGCAACAUGCACGUACCCUGCUUAUUUUUCAUCGUUGGGAUGUGGAGAAGUUGUUUGCCGUGUAUGUAGAUAGGGGAAAACAUUUUCUGUUUUCUGAAGCUGGUGUUACAGUGGAUGAACAUCGCGACUCUAAUUCGACGGCUGCUCCGUCGACAAUAAUGUGCGAAAUUUGCAUAGAGGAUGUUCCUAGUGAUGAAACAACAAAAAUGGACUGCGGUCACUGUUUUUGCAACGGCUGUUGGACAGAGCAUUUUAUUGUCAAGAUAAAUGAGGGUCAAAGUAAGCGAAUCAGAUGCAUGGCACACAAAUGUUAUUCCAUUUGUGAUGAAGCUGUUGUCAGAACUCUUCUCAGCAAAAAGCACCCUGAUAUGGCAGAGAAAUAUGAACGCUUUCUUCUUGAAUCCUAUAUUGAAGACAACAAGAGAGUUAAAUGGUGUCCUAGUACGCCUCAUUGUGGGAAUGCAAUACGUGUUGAGGACGAUGAAUUAUGUGAGGUAGAAUGUUCAUGUGGUUUACAGUUUUGCUUUAGUUGCUUGUCAGAAGCACAUUCCCCAUGCUCAUGUUUGAUGUGGGAGCUUUGGGCCAAAAAGUGUCGAGAUGAAUCAGAAACUGUUAAUUGGAUAACAGUUCAUACCAAGCCUUGUCCAAAGUGCCACAAACCGGUCGAGAAAAAUGGUGGCUGUAACUUGGUUAGCUGUAUCUGUGGUCAAGCUUUUUGUUGGUUGUGUGGUGGAGCUACUGGUCGAGAGCAUACCUGGUCAAGCAUUGCUGGUCAUAGCUGUGGUCGCUAUAAAGAGCAAGAAAAAACAGCUGAACGGGCAAAGAGGGAUCUGUAUCGUUAUAUGCAUUAUCAUAAUCGUUACAAAGCUCACACAGAUUCCUUUAAGCUUGAGAGUAAACUGAAGGAGACUAUACAAGAGAAGAUUGCUGUCUCAGAAGAAAAAGAUUCUACGCUAAGGGAUUAUAGUUGGGUAAAUAAUGGGCUCUCUAGACUUUUCAGAUCUAGGCGUGUCCUAUCAUAUUCAUAUGCAUUUGCGUUUUACAUGUUUGGUGACGAGCUAUUUAAGGAAGAAAUGACAGAAGCUCAAAGGGAAAUAAAACAGAACUUGUUUGAGGAUCAGCAGCAGCAGCUUGAGGCAAACGUUGAAAAGCUCUCCAAAAUUUUAGAGGAGCCUUUUGAAACUUUUGAAGAUGAUAAAGUCAUGGAGAUAAGGAUGCAGAUAAUCAAUCUGACCACUAUCAUUGACAAACUUUGUCAAAAAAUGUAUGAGUGUAUUGAGAAUGAUUUACUGGGUUCUCUCCAUAUUGGUGUUCACAACAUUGCUCCAUACAAGUCAAAGGGGAUCGAGAAGGCAUCAGAACUUUCAGUUUGUUGGACAAAUGAGGCCAAUAAUACCGUUUGACUUUGUGGAUGCUCAUCAGAAAUGUUACUUAGUGAAAAAGGAUUAUUGUAUAUAUGCUGCAAGCGUAGGUGUAACAGCAGAACUCGAUAGGCCUUCCGGAUCAGGGAGCUCAGACGAUAGUGGAUGCUCUUCUCGCAAGCGCGCUAGGAAAGAGGGCCUCGGAGGCGCGUUUUUUGAUCUAAACUUACCAGCAGAGUUUGUAGACAGAAAUUGACUUUGGAAGGAAGACACCUUAUAAAUGACCACCAUCACCAUACAGAGAUGCACAGGCCUAACAUGAAAUGCAUUACUUUGCUGCCUUUGAUGGAGUUAAUCACUUUGGAAAAUUACCCUUUUUCUAUUAUUUUGCUUCAUAACUUUAUUUUGGGCAUGUCUCUGCAGAGAUAUGAUUCCAUCUUUAUUUCCUACUUAAGCCAUCUUCUACCUUUUCUUUUAUAUGUUUGGAAUUCUAGCAUUGUAUAUAGCUAGCCUUGGGGGGCAUUUAUUUACUAAUAGUUUUUUUUUUCUCUUUUAUGUAAAUGUCUACUUGGGUUUCUAGCACCCUUGAGGACAACUUCUAGGAUGCUUUAUUCAGUAACUUAUUAUGAUGGAGUUACAAGUGAAGGUAACUUCACUUAUUUUUCUUA